AUGCUGAAUAAAAAGUUAGCUUUGACAGGUAAAAGUGUCCCCUUUUUCGAAAACUGCACAGCUUUAGCCUCAACGAUAACCAUAGUGAUGAUCAGUUGUGAACGCUACCGUGGCAUAUGCCAGCCCGUUAAAACUAGAACCACCAAAGUAUUGAGCAGAUCACAGAUUGGAAUCCUGAUAGCGGUGAGCUGGAUGUCCGCCAUCGUGGCCUGCCUUCCAUUUUUCUUUAUCCCCAUUUACAAGGACUCCAAGUUCAAAGAUGGAACACCAAUUAAAGUGUGCAGGAACACCAUCAAGGAGACGUGGCAAAUAGGAUACAUCAUAUUCGUUUUGUGCUUCUUUUUCAUUCUUCCUUUUUUAGCCUUGCUAAUCAUGUACAUAAUUAUUGCGAAGAACCUUUCCAAUGACGCCACCCUUCAAAGUCACCAAAAUAUUUUGGUGGCCAAAGUUCGUCUGAAAAAACGAAGGCAAGUAGUGGUCAUGCUAACUUUGGUUGUUUUUUCGUUCUUUGUUUUUCACUUGCCAAUAAGGACAAUAAGCUUAUGGGUUGUUUAUGCCACAAGAGAAAAUAUGAUUGCACUUGGACUGGAGGGAUAUUACAACCUGCUAACAUUCGCAAGAGUAUUGUUUUACCUUCAUUGUGCCACCAACCCCAUCAUUUACAAUGCUAUGUCUACAAAAUUUCGUCUUGCCACAGUUAAAGUGUUUUGUACCAAAAAGAGCUAUAAAAAGGGACCUCCGUUAAUUACCAAACAAUUCAGCAGCUCCCUGCCCUCACGUGAAAGCAAUCAAGGCAUUACAUCAUCGGAUAAAAAUUUUCCAGAAGCUGAAACUACUGUUUAA